UGGAGGAGGGAGCACACGGCUGUCUGGGCUCUGCUUUUCAGACAGUUGGGAGCAUUUUGGGGAGCAUAUAGCACCUGUUUACAUAGAACUCGCAGAGGAAUCCACAUCUUCACUGUCAUCUGCAAUUAUAUGUGAAACAUCAACAGUCUUCUGUGGCUCGACCAUCCCAGCACAGGAGAGAGGGACCUUUCCUACCGUGUCCUCAGGGUUAGGAAAGAGAAGGACGAAAUUAUACCAAGCUCUGACAAUCAGCCUUUCUUUAGGAGCCGAUAUGGAUCUUUAUGGCUACCUCCGCCGACUGCUGGUCCAGUCUGGAGCCACAGACCAGGGGAACGAGGCUACGGCAGCCACUGGGUGUUGCAGCCCUUCCCUAUCUGAGCCUGCUGCUUCAGACACAGCAGUGCAAGAGACUUCAGUGUCAGCCAGAGAUGGCAACCCACCUGACACAGAGUCUCCUGCUCCAGGAGUCAAUAUGGGGCUUUUGGACCAUCUCUACCAAAGACUUACUCAGACUAUUGGAUGGACACCUUUCCGAACAGACAGGACAAAUCUGGACUCCAGCCAGCCAGGCCCCACUGACUCUUCUGUCCCAGACACAGAGGAGCAGAAGGUGGCCCAAAAACAAGACCUGGCGCCACAAACCCUGGCUGCAGGAGCGGGCAGCCACUCCAGCACUUUCUGUGCUGAGCCUCAUGAUCCAGGCACCAAGAGAAAGGCCUAUUCAUCACCCAGGGGACAGCUCACCCCAAUCAGCAAGGAGGAGGAGGAGGAAAGGCCAAGGAAGACCAGAGGCCUUGCUUGCGUGAGGGACAUGGAUGAGGCUACCCUGAGGAAGGACAUUGGCAUCCUCUUCCCAGCACUCCACUCCAUGGUGUGUCAUCUCCCCAGAGAGCACCUGGAGGAGCGGAGAGAGGCCCUGGACUCUCUCAUCCAUCUGGCUCGCUUGUUCCUGGUGGAGCUGCUUGUGUUCCUGUUCAGGAGGCUGAACAGGGACGAGGAAGAGGAGACCUGUGCCAGUCUCCUCAUUUUGGACCAGAUAGUCCGAUCCAACAUUUCCGAAAUGACACAGCACACCGAGAAGCUGUUCAUGGCCCUGGGGCCAAUCCUGCAGAGCACAAGCAUACGGGUCAGAGAAGCCCUUGCUUAUUUGAUACGCACAAUGGGGGCACAUGGGCUCUUGGAAAAAUCUACAUCAAGACCCUUAAUUGACUUCUUGGUGCGUCAGUGCACCCUGCCCCUCGACAGCACGGAGGCAGCAGAUGGGAGGCACACCAUGGAGCUCGAGGUCCGCCAGCUCUGCUCCAGCACCCUGCAGUCCCUGGGUGAUUCCCCCAGAAUGGCCAAUGUUUUAUGGCCUGGGCUGCUCCUUCAGCUGAGCCCAGCAGCCCAUGGGCCAGCCCUGCCUCUCCUCCUGCAGACCUCGGUCGGGGUGGUAAAGAGGCUGCAGGAGGAAGGCAGGCUGCCCUUGGCCGGGAAGUGCGGCAAGGCGAACAGAGGGUGUCGGUCAAGCCCCAGGGCCAAUCUACCCCAGGAACUGCUGGCUCGGCUGCUGGUGCUCGGUGCGUCUUCAUGCAUGACGGUGCAGGUCAGAAGGGCAGCCAUGUUCCUCCUCUUCCAGCUGAUGAGCAUGUUCCAGGCCGGCUCGGGCCGAUUCUGGAAUAACUACACGACGGAAAUGCUCCUCUACGUGGAAGAUUACAAGACCUGCUUCUGCCAGAGGGAGUGGGAGCAGCAGCUGCUGCAGUUCCUGGAAGACCUUCUCUUCCUCAUCUCAGACCAUACCUGGCUGGGCUGUUUCAUCACCAGUAUCAGGCGCCAGCUGGCCCACAGCGAUAAGCGGCCCAGUGACAAGAGCUUUCUCUACAAGUGCUGGGGCACCGGGCUGAUGUUAUCUCCAUCAGAGAGCAUCAAGCCCCAGCUAUGGCGCCUGCUGGAGCUGGUCAAUUUCCGAGAAGAAGAGGAAAGAGAGGGAUUCGCCCGAGCGCUUGGGCUGUGUGCCAGGCAACACCUCUAUGAGAUUUUUGCCAUCCUGGAGCACUGGGAAGAGGUCGUCAGUAGGGUGCAGCUCCAGCCUUCUGCUGCUGGCUCUCUGGAGGAGCCAGCUUCCAUCGAGCAGCUGAGAAGCCUCCUGCUCCUCACCUAUGGGCACGUGGUCCACUCAGGCCCCACAGACCUCAUCCUAGAGACCAUAGGAUACAAGAUCCUGUCUCCCAUGCGGAAACACUAUUUUCUGAGCCCACAUGACCCGCUGGUGAGAUCUGCGUUUGUGAGAAGCCUCGUGCUGGUGGGUGAAGCUGUCACCCAAGUGAGCAGGAUUCCCUUGGUGAGCCAGGACACAUACACCGUGCUGUCCCCCCUGCUGGAGAUCCUCAGAGGCAAGGACCGGACCCGGCUGCAGAGCCCCGACCACAAGUGUGCCCUGCUGGCCAUCUCAUACAUAGGGAAAUUCCAGCCUCACCUGUCUAAGGAGCAGGUGGCUGAGACCAUCAGCACUUGUGUCACCAGCUACAUGGUUCAGCGUCCAGCCCUGGUGAAGCUGAGAGGGACUGAGGUGGCAGAGAGCUCCGCUAUCCGGGCAGAGUCUCUCCAAGAACUGCCCUGGGAGGGCCUGGAUCAUGUGCUGCAGACAUUCCUGGAACAGCACCUGACCCCCACCACUCUACUGCAGCUGUUUCUGCACUUGCAGCCAUGGAUCUGCUCCCCCCGGGCCCAGGAGAGGAGCCGAGCUGUGAAAGCCAGCGCCCGGCUCCUCAUGUUCUAUCGAUUCAAGGCCAUGACCGAGGACCUGAAACCCAUGGUGGAGCAGGGCUACAUGGCUGGGCUGCUGACAAGCCAGGCCUUCGAUGCUCAGAAGACCACCCGAUACUGGGCAUAUCAGGCUCUCUACUGGCUCUUCACGCCUUGCACAGCCGUCGUGUACAACAAGACAGGGGCGGUGGUGACCGUGCUGAGCAAGACGCAGCAGGAUGCCAGCUGCAGAGAGAGCCCUGCCCAUGUUGCUAUGCUCAUCGCGGAACACCUGCAGUCCCGUGACCUCAUGCCCUUCAGCUUCACCCUGCUGGUGGGCCUGCUGGAGAAGGGGGAGUGUGCUGAGCAGCUGGCAGGCGUCAUGGAGGCGGUGCUGAGACAGCAAAAAUCAGAGCUACAGGGCCAAGUGCAGGAUCUCCAAGCCGCUCUUUCCUACACACUGAGCCCACCCCGGGGGGGGCGGCUGAGUGAUGGGACAAGAGACAUCCUCCACCUACUGGCCAGGCAGCACACCAAGACCGCAGUCAACAUCCUCCUGAAGAUGCCCUGGCCUUACAAACACCACAUCAAGGCCAUCUGGAGGUUCCUGGGUGCAGACCCCAUGCUAACCAGGGAGGUACUCCACAUCCUGCUGGACGACAGCCCGGAGAAGGGCUGGGCUAACCCUGGACAGACCCAGGACAGGAGCUGCCCCCAGCCAGCCCGGCUGCCCCCGGCGACCACAUACGGCCUGUGGGAGCUGAUCGGGGCCUUGGGGCAAGGGGACACCCUGGAGGGACGCGAGGACGACCUGUUCGCCUCUUGCUUCCUUGCCAUCGCCAGCCCCCCGGCACAACACCUCUUAGGAGUCCAGCAGGACCGGCCCAGUGACACCAGUCCACGCAGCAUGGCCGUGCAGGCCCUGGCGCGGGUGCUGCGCCUCAGGGGCAGUCAGCCAGCUGUGGAACUAAUGGACCAGGAGCAAGGCUGGCAGCUGCUGGAAGAGGCCCAGCCCGAGGGGUUCACUCUCCUUAGCAGAGCCAUAGUGAGCCACCCAAACCUGGCCCUGAAGAGCAUCCCACAGCUUCUUCUUCCCAGCCUGCAGGCCAGCCAGGAGGGUGAACGCAUGGCCUGCACCGCCCUGUUUGCAGAGUUCCUCGGCAGCCCCCUGCUGAUGGAAAACGAGCCCAAGGCCAUGCGGAAGCAGGUGCUGAAGGCCAUGCUGCAGCAGACGCAGGACAGCAACAUCCACAUUCGUGGCAGAGCCCUGCAUGGCCUCAGGAACGCAGUGACCGCGUUCCCGGACAAGGUCAGGAAGAAGCAAGACCAGAUUCUGGCGAGCUUUGUCCACGGCGUAUGCCAAUCCUGCGACCCCUGCGCCAUUCUGGACGCGACGGAAGGGCUCUGCUGGAUGCUGCGGGACCCCAAGGCGCCUCUGAAGGCGCAUGUUGCCAUUCCGCUGGCCAUGCAGGCGAGAACAUUCUUUGAGGAUGAGAACAGCAGCCUGAGGCGGGCCUCCAUCGAGCUCUUUGGCCAGCUCAGCAAGUUUGUUUCCAAGAGGUCAUCCCGCUUCGGGGCUGAGGUGGAGAAGAGCAUGGGGACGCUGCUGAUCUGCCUACAAGCCGGGGACCCCCAGGUGGCCCAGGCGUGCAGGGUGGCAUUGCUGCACUGCGCACCCUUCCUGAGCUACCAGCCCCUGCGCACGCUCGUGCGGAGCCAGCUGGCCGAGGGAGCGGCCCCCGCCAUCCCCACCUUCCUGAGCGAAGCCUGCAGGACCCUGCUCCAGGACUGCCCAGGGAAGCUGCGCAAGAAGGCUGCCCUGAGAGCAGCAGCUGCCCAACAGCUGAUCGCAGCUGGGAUGACCUCCCAACUCCAGGGGAAGAAGUGGCUAAUUAUUGUCUGUCCACCAACACAAAAUGUUGCAACUGCUACAAAAUAAAGGGAGUUUCACACCUCUGAACAGGGACUGGGAAUUGCUUACAAAUUAGUGUCUGGAAUCCAGAGGCGAUACCCUAGCAGAUAAAUUAAAGGGUAAGUCAAACAUUGGUCAUUUGUGAGUGUCCUAAACAGAGAUCAAACUUUCAGGUUUACUAUCUUCUCCCACCAACUCUAAUUCUGUUUUUAUUAAAGGAGUGAUUCCCUCAGAUGCAUCUUCCUCCCUUCCCUCUGGAGAGUGUGUGUCAAAAUCUCAUUGUGUAUGAUCAAGAAGGAAGAAGAUUCUGUACACAAUGAUUAGCCCUGA